UAUUUAUUUGUGCUAUCCCUUGACCACAUCGACCAGUUUCCUUCAAAGUAGGAUGUGGUUAAUGAUAAAUAUUUCAAUUGGGUUUUGAUUUUCAACCGAAUUUUCGUUUCAAUCGGAACUUCUCAGUGGUCUUUCAAACUCUAAGGACUCAGAAGUUAGUUUCUAAUUUAGCCAAAGUCUGACCGUUUUCUAUACUUUGAAACACGAUCUUUUGUUCGAUAUCGAUCGGUUCUUGAUUCGUUUUCAAAUAAUAAACCGAACUGACCAAGAAAAUUUUCGUAUGAAAGUCUCUCGGAAUUUUUCUCUCAAGCGAACCAGAAUCGUCAAUGGCUGGAAAGUACCUGAGGCUAAAGGUGGAGUUUGUAGAACCGGUUUAUACCGCGCAUUCCGGUUUCUAGAUAUGUAUCACCCUAUCGUGUUCUGUGUAUAGCUCCAAAGUAAAGAAUAAAAAACAAACUUAACAAACAACCUCAAAAAUGCACUGCUUCAAUUUCCCAGCAGCUACCAAGGAGAAAUGGUGGAUAUACAUUAGAACUACUUGGUAGUGUUGUUUCAUUGUUGUUGCUAUGCGGUCGGGAUUUCGGAUGAUGGCAUCCAAGCGCAUUAAUUCGGAAAAUCUGGAUCCAUCAGUAAACGUUCAGUGAAAGUGUUUAAAGAAGAAAUCAUUCGACAUGGACACCAGACAAGUCCUUGCUAGUUAUAUGGACAUACUUAUUAGGAUUCCUGCUUUAUUUUUGCUAGAUGAAGUCUUCCAGUCUAGAAUUGCUUACCUUGGAAUAUAUCCAUGUACAUUGCUUCCGUUGCACAAGGAAUCUGAUUUCGAUGAUGUGACGGGAGAGUCAUAUCAUACUUUGUUGUACGAAGCGCAUCAUUCUUUAGUUGACAUGUAUAAUUCUUCCAUGUUCCCAAAGUUGAAUCAAAAUGCUAUUAAUGUGAUAGAAUUUAACGUUUCAACGACGCUCUCCAAUUUCCUUGAUGUUGGCCUUGAAGGAUGUAAUGGAUCUUGCGGACUUCUCCUGCAGAUAAUUACCUUAUUCACAGCUUCGUGUGUUUCUAUGUUUGCUUUGACAUUAUGGACGCAACAUCUUAUCAAAUUAUAUUCAUUUUUGCUAUCUAUCUCAAUGGUGGUUCUGAGCCGAAAUCUCAAUCUAAAAGUUUUCAACCAUUUGUCAUCGGCUUCUUCCACCGCAUCUUUUGGAGCAAUUUUGAAUCUUGACGGAACUGCUUUCGAUGCAUUAACAGCCUUGACGGUGUUGACAGAUGUUGUUGGUAACCUUGCGCUCCAAAUAUUUUUGGCAAUCGCAUAUCUUUUUUUUUGUCAGUAUCCGCCAAUCAAUAACAGUUGGCUGCAGGGAACAUUGGGGCUUUGUUUUUUAUUACCCAGUUUUACCACUUUAUUACCAAUGGACACUGUCAUACAAAGGUGCUAUUAUCUCCUCGUAGCCCAUUAUAUCAGUGUUGGUUUGAUGAAUUAUAAUUUAGUGUGCAAAGUGGUGAAUGGACAAAUUGCGCAUAUCAUUUGGGGUAUCAGAAAUGAUGGAAUUUUGGCUUUCUUCGAAUCAGAAUGGCUUCGUUUGAAUAUUCCGCUAAUAUUCCGCAGUUUUUGGCUAAUGCGUUGCGGAAUCCACAUCUACAUCUAUUUGGCCUCAUCCGAAUUGGCAUGGACUGAUGUCGAAAGUCUUAAAACACUACUGAAAAUUGUGAUGGUUCGCGGAUGUGAAACUUUGCCGGCACUAUUGGGCAUGGCUUCAGUUUUCUCAUGUAUUUGUGCCAAGGUCUAUAUAAAGAGCCAAGAGUUUAUGCAAAUACCUGGUGAGAGAUCGACUCAUAUCGGACCACUUGCAGCCACCUUAUUCGUAAUUUUUUCAUUUCAAUACGGAUUAAGCACAUUAAAACCAGCUUCCCGCAUUGUUCGCCUCAUGCGGAUUUUAGUACUCAUAACUACAUGUUUUUUACAUUUUACCUACACUUCAGUCGAUACAGUCUUGAUGUCUCUUGCCGCCAGUGCCAACCUGGAUUUUAAACGACACGCAAGAGCGCUAUUGGUUAGCGGAUCGUUAACCUUAGCGUUAUUAAGUGGUCUUUAUGUGCUGUGGACCACACAUUCAAUAAGUACCUGGUUAUUAGCCGUCAGCGGAUUUAGCGUUGAGGCUCUAUGCAAAAUCGCCAUAUCUUUGGCUCUCUACAUUGUCUUCUUAGUAGACGCAAGGCAUCAGGAAUUAUGGGACAAAUUGGAUGAUCACGUUUACCGCAUCAAGUUCGUUGGGCGUGUCAUCGAAUAUGUAAUUGGAUUAGUCAUGAUGAUCAAUUCGGGAAUCGCGCUGAUUUUGGAAAGUGGCGGUACUUGUCGUGCAAUCCUGUUUGGACUGCACGGGUACUUUAACCUUUCCUUUUUCUGGGAUGAAGCGCUAAGGGGAUGGGAGAUUUACCAGAAACGGAGAAUAGCUGUUUGUAAAAUUGCUACCCUCCAAUCAGUUGAAGAACACAUGGAAAUUGAUGAUGUUUGUGCUAUUUGUUUUAAUCACCUGAAAAACAAUCGAGGAAACAAAGUAUUAAUCAAAGUCACCCCGUGCAGGCAUUACUAUCACGCCGUUUGUCUCCGCAAAUGGCUGUAUGUUCAAGAUCGUUGCCCUAUGUGUCAUCAAACUUUGUGGCCAGAAUUGAGUCCCUCGCACGACGACUCGGAUCCUUCAGAAAAUUCGAGUAUCGAUUGAUAUUAGGAAAAUUCUUAAAUCAAAUUCGCGGUUUUUUAUAGUUCGAUUUGUUUGAUUCUUUCAAAAUGCGCAAUAAAACUAAUUCGACAACUCUGCGCUUCAUCAUUCCCAUCAAUUUCGGCUGUACUGCUGUUGUUGAUUUGAAACAGAGUUAACAAAAUAACUGGUUGAAAACUUCACGAUAAGCAUUUCUUUGUUAACUUGCCAAGAAUACAACCGCUCCAUCAGUACCCUUCAGACAGCAACCUUGUAACAGAGCCUUGUAAGGCUUGCCCACGGUUUGAGUUUCAUUUCCAAGUGUCAGGUGUUGACGGAUGUAAGGGGUGUUUCUACAUAACUUGUGAUAUUAUCUGACUGUUAAAACUGGUAACAAAAGCAGCUAGAUUUUCAAAUGCCUGUAUUGAAAAGCUUGGGCAAAUAAUGGAGUAGAGGCUAUUAGCAGUGAAGUAAAAUUCGCACAACAAAUCGUAUAAGAAGCAUGCAAAUUUCAGAAUGCAGAAAGAUCAGGAUCCAGAUUCUUUAAUAUUCGUCAUUGCCCUCGCCUUCGCCUAAAUAAAAAUUGCAUAAGUUAAUAACAAAUAAUGGGAUGUUACAUUUCUAAUAAAAAAUUACCUUCAACAGAGUCCAUGCCGACCUCUUCGUAGUCCUUCUCGAGGGCAGCAAGAUCCUCACGGGCCUCGGAGAACUCGCCUUCCUCCAUACCCUCACCGACGUACCAGUGGACGAAAGCACGCUUGGCGUACAUCAAGUCGAAUUUAUGAUCGAGACGAGCCCAGGCUUCGGCAAUGGCAGUCGUGUUGGACAACAUGCACACGGCACGUGAAACCUUGGCCAAAUCACCACCUGGAACGACAGUUGGUGGCUGGUAGUUGAUACCAACCUUGAAGAUAAGAAAAUAAUAAAUAGGUUAAUAACUACAAUCAUUAUUAAAUUGUUUACAGAAUAUAAUAAUACCUUGAAACCAGUGGGACACCAGUCAACGAAUUGGAUGGUACGCUUAGUCUUGAUGGUUGCAAUGGCAGCAUUGACAUCCUUGGGAACGACAUCACCACGGUACAACAUGCAGCAGGCCAUGUACUUGCCAUGACGAGGAUCGCAUUUGACCAUCUGGUUGGCCGGUUCGAAGCAAGCGUUGGUGAUCUCGGCCACGGUCAAUUGCUCGUGGUAAGCCUUUUCAGCCGAGAUAACGGGAGCGUAAGUGACCAAAGGGAAGUGGAUACGAGGAUAGGGGACCAAGUUGGUCUGGAAUUCAGUCAAAUCGACGUUCAAAGCGCCAUCGAAGCGAAGGGAAGCCGUAAUGGAUGAGACGAUUUGGCCGAUCAAGCGGUUCAAGUUGGUGUAGGUGGGGCGUUCAAUAUCUAAGUUGCGGCGGCAGAUGUCAUAAAUAGCCUCGUUAUCAACCAUGAAAGCGCAGUCGGAAUGUUCAAGGGUGGUAUGGGUGGUCAAAAUGGAGUUGUAUGGUUCGACAACAGCGGUAGAAACUUGGGGAGCGGGGUAGAUGGCGAAUUCAAGCUUGGAUUUUUUGCCGUAGUCAACAGAAAGA